AUGGCUACAACCACCAACACCAAAGUCGACUACACCGAGAAAGAGGUAGUCUCAUCCGCGCAAUCCGUGAGCUCAGCCAGCUCCGAGCGCACCCUCACCGAUACCAACUUCUCCUUCUCUCCCUCUCGCACCCUGGCAAUCAACGCCCGCGGCAUCGGCGCCUUCCGUCUACCUCUCCCCGCCCGCCAAACCGAGAUCUUCAUCCACAAUCCCGACGACACCGUCGCCUACAUCUCCACCCGCGACAGUCUCUGGUCCGGCGAUGCCGUGCUGUCCGACCCGAAACGCGGCAAUCUCAUCCGCACCGACUACUUCUUUGGCCCGACCCGCGGCCCGGUGCUCCGGCUCCUGCAGAGCCCGAGUGUGCUCGCCGACGAGCUGAAGAUCUCGGGCAAGUGGGGCUCGCGCGCGGUGCAGUUUAUGGGGUCUGGUGGACUUCUGCUGGAAUGGGGCUAUGCUAAGGAGAAACGUGCUGAUGGCAACAAGGUCAACUUGAUUGUUUUGAACGUCGUCGAUGGUCAGGGUAAAGAGCCACAGAAUCGUCGUAUUGCGCAGCUGGCGCGUGGUCAAGAUACUCGUACGCCUGGCACUUCGCGAUGCGCUGCUGGCAAUGGUGGGGAAUUGCAGAUCGAUGAGGCGGCGCGGCAGUCGCUUGAAGUGGAUGAGGCUAUUGUGGUCGCGACGUGUCUGUUGAUGCUCAAGCGCGAAAUUGAUCGGCGGCGUCUGGUGCAAUGUGUUGUUAUUGCGGGAGGGGGAGGCAGCUAA